AUGGCGUAUGAUCAGUAUGCUACGAUCUGCAAACCACUGAUCUAUAUGGCCAUCAUGUCCGAAAAGAAACGCGUGGGCUUGGUAGUUCUUUCCUUCCUAACAAGUAUCAUAAACGCUCUAAUGUAUACCAACUGGGUUGUUUGCUUAUGGUUCUGUGGCCCGAAUGAAAUCAAUUAUUUCUGUUGUGACUCUUCUGCCCUCUUGAAGCUUUCUUGUUCUGACACCCAUCUAGCUAAGAUCUUCCCAUCGAUCUCUUCAGGGACCAUGGUGACCAUCACAACUAUGAUUAUAGUCAUCUUUUAUCUCUACCUCUGCCAUUCUGAUAAUACACACCACGGAGGGAAGAUACAAAUCCUUUUAACCUGCUCCUCUCAUCUUUUGACCAUAAUGCCGUACUUUGGGACUGUCACAUUUAUCUAUGUUAGUCCCAGUUCCAACUACUCGAUGGAUCAGAACAAAGUGGUGUCCGUGUUCUACGUGGUGGUGAUCCCCAUAUUGAACCUUCUGAUUUAUAGCCUGAGGAACAAGGAAAUUAUGGAUACUCUCAGAAGAAUGGGACUAAAUUCUAAAGGGAAGAUCCUGAAAAUAUCAUUCUGUAAACUCCUUCAAGCCGAACAGAGCGCCGCCAUAGAUGCCCAGGACUCCAUUACCAAGAGCUCAUUCUUCUGUGGACCCAAUCAAAUUAACCACUUUUGUUGUGAUACACCUGCUCUGUUGAAAUUAUACUGUUCUGACACCCACCUAUCAAAGAUCUUUCAGGCAUCUUCGGCUGGCAUCACUGUCAUAAUUACAUCUGGGACGAUCAUCACCACUUAUGUAUAUAGUCUCAUUUCCAUCUUGAGAAUGCCUACCAAAGGCAGAAGACACAAAGCUUUCUCCACCUGUGUGUCUCACCUAUUAGCUGUUAGUCUCUCCUAUGGUACAGUCACAUUUAUCUACGUGAUACCCAGCUCUGACAAGUCAGUGGAUUUGAACAAAAUGGUGCCUGUAUUUUGGUCAUGA